AACAAUUAAAAUAAUAUAUAUUAUUUUAAUAUACUUAUAAUAUGGCAAUUCAAACAUUCAUAAAAAAGGAAUUUGUUUCUAAUGUCUUUAAUUAUAUGGUGCAUACGCUUUCUGCAAUAUCGAGCCACGGUAUUAUCCAUAUUGUUAAGCCUGGUCGCCAUCCGUCCGAAAAUAUUAUAUGGUUUAUAACCUGCAUAUUCUCUGUGUGGAUGACGAUGCACGUUGCAAAGCACUUCUGGAGUCGCCUUGAGGAACGCCCAACUAUUACUUCCGUGGAACGAGAUAGAUUUGAAUGGAACACAACUUUUCCAACAAUUACAUUAUGUCCUCAUUGGAAUGUUAAUCAGACUGCUAUGGAAAUAUUUGCCAGGCAAUAUUCUAUAAAUAACACAUCAGGACUACAAAAUUUCUUACGAAAACUCAUUCAAUUUGAUAACAGAAAACAUUUUGAUAUUCCUGAAUAUGAUGAACUUCCCAGUCAUUUAUAUCUAGAGGCAUUAAAACAAAUAAUCAGUGAUGUGAAAGCGCCAGCAACGACUGGUGAAGGCAUCGUUUUAAGAAAAUCUCGUGUCAGCGGAACUGUAGGAAUAUGUUAUGCAUUUAAUAGUGAAAUUGCUCAUAAAUUAGAUAAAAGGAAUAUCGAUAUAGAUUUACCGGACAUUAUGAAGGUGCACGCCCUUGAUAACGAUGCAUUUGCUCAAAUUCUGGAAAUGGAAGCUGGCUAUGAUAUUUACGCCCAUAGUCCUUACGAAAUUGCAGCAAAAAAUGGUGCCAUAAAAUGUCCAGUAUUGAAUUCGUGCUUUCUUCAAUUUAAAGCAAUUUCGCUCGUUUGUGCAGAAGGAGUAAAAAACUAUCUAUUGAACAACGGAAAUGCAGAAGGGGAAAAAAUUUGUAACGUGUCAGGGAUGAGAUGUCUAUAUAAUAAUGCAGCACGUCUACACGACAUAACUCAAAAUACAUUGUGCUUGCCAAACUGCGAGAAUACCUACUACACAUUUCAUAGUGUGCAGAGGGUGUCUUGGUUUCAAGGAUCAAAUUUGCGAUGGGAACUCCAAAGUUCACCACGUGUUCGUUUUAAGCGGAAUGUGAUAUUUGACAAAGGUGAUAUGUUAGGAAGUACGAUUGGAUUGUUCCUCGGGUGUAGCAUGUUGACGUUAGUUGAAAUAGUUUUCUAUGGAACAUUGCAAAUAAUAUGGCGAGCAAAAUGCAAAUUUCAAUACACUUAA